GUCCGGGGUCCUCAGGAUGCCCGUUAAUUUAAAAGACAGGCCUGGGGGCGCCUGGGUGGCUCAUCCGGCAAACCGCCCAACCCUUUAUUUCGGCUCAGGUCAUCAUCUCGUGGUUUGUAAGGUCAAGCCCCAGAUCAGGCUCUGCACCGAUGGCACGGAGCCUGCUUGGGAUUCUCACUCUCCCUCUCUCUCUGGAUGGCGGAUCUCAGCCUGGGAUAGACACAUGUCACUGAGGGAUCGGCUGCUGUCAGCAUCGUGCUCAUCAUCGUUAUUAUUAGCAUCGCUAUUUGUUUUGCUCCCCAAGAGCAGAACCCACUUCUGUUUUUCACAUCUCGUCUCUUAACGGGGCACAAGUCACAUAAAUAGCUCACGGCUCUGAGCUGUAUUUGCCCCAUGAUGCUCCAUGUCUGCACCUGUUGCCCCCCUCCCCCCCCGCCCCCGCCGAGUCAGGCUGGGGUCCCGGAACCUCCAUCCUCCUGCCUUAGACCCGGCCUUUUGCUGAGAGGAGCUUUGAUGCAGUGGCAGACAGGGAGAGAUGACUCCUCGACUUUCUUCUUUUUUUUUUUAAUAACGGCUUUAUUGAGAUCUAAUCCACCCACCGAACCGUCCACCCACCGAAGUGCAAUUAAGCGGCUUUCAGCAUAUUCACAGCGAUGUGCCGCCAUCCCUGCGGUCCAUUUUAACACAUUCUCCUCACUCGGUCCCCAUGAGCUGUCACUCCCCAGACCCCCUCCUCCAGCCUUCUGGCAACCAUUAGUCUUUCUGUCUCUGGAUUUGCCUGUUCUGGACACUCCAUAUAAACGGGAUCGUACGCGAUGUGGCCUUUUGUGUCUGGCUUCUUUCACUCAGCAUAGUUUUCUAGGUCCAUCAUGUAGCACAUGUGAAGACUGCUUUGCACGGCCGAAUAAUAAUCCGUUGAAAGGAUGGACCACAGUUUUUUAAUCUAGUCAUCCGUUGAUGGACAUCCGGUUAUGUCCACUCUUUGGACACCUCAAUUGUUGUCUGUUCCACGGGUGUGCCCGGUUUCUUCCUGCCACAGGGCCUUUGCCCUUGCUGUUCCCACUUGUGCAAGCCUGGCCUGCAUGUGGACUUGCGCGACAACCGUCUCCCCGUGGACUGUGGGCUCCAGCAGGGCAGGGACAGUGCCUGUCUUGUCUUCUCCAUCCUUAGCAUCUAGCAUGGUGCCCACAGUUGGGGCUCAGCCAAUGUUUGUGGAGAGAAUGAAUUAACAAAUAGAAUGAAAGCAUUGUGGGACGAAUAGAACGGUUGAAAACACAGAAAGCUCAGCGUUGGCAGAGCCUGGCUGUCCCACCCCCGCAUGUCCCCAGGACUGAGAAGGCACUGUGGUCCCUACCCAGAGAGCCACCCCACAUGGGGCCAUGGAAGUCCUACUCACCAGCUGGGGCCUCGAGUGAAAAGCCCAGAAUGUGGCACAAGAGAGGAAGGGCCUUGGAGUCCCAGCCCCAUAUCUCGUGGCUGGCUGGUCCUUUCCUAGAAGUCCCUCUAGGGGCCACCUGCCCGUUCACGGUUUUGAGGACUGUGGUCACCAAGGGCUGAGGGUUGAUUCUGUUGUGACAUGCUCGGGGGAGGCCUUUACUGUGUGUAAGACCACAUGCCCCGAGCAGGUCAAGGUAAUCAGAAUGGAGCCUUCUGUGGUGGGGCCUCAGCUGGCCAGGCUAGAAGUGGCCUGAGACACCCUACGUUUCUGGAGACUGAACUUCGUGCAAAUGAGACCCCCAUGGCCAGGCUUUUUAAAGUGACAGCGCCUCUAGGACAGGCGCGUGCCCCCCACCCCCACCCCUGGGGCACGGGGUGGGGAGGCCACUGACCCUGGACCAGGGCGAUGGGCCCGAGGAGAGGCCCCCAGCUCAGCCCCUUUCUGCCUGAAAGAGAAGGAAGUGGUUUUGCCCAUGUGCUGGGGAAGGAGCUGUAGCACACAUCCGGGGCUGCCUGACCCGUUCAGCGCUAUUUCCUCCACGCAGGGCCCACAUUGUGUGUAGGGCUCCCCAGACCGUUGCGGUGUUUUAAAAUCAGAAGGAAAAAAAAAAAUGAAUACAAUCAUAGUGAGCAUAUAAUAACGAAUCCAGCCUGGACUCUCUGGGUCUCAGUGCCAACGCGGUCAUAAAAUACCAUUUUAGAGACGGUGCUUUGUUUCAUUACAGAGGACAGCACAAUGUGGCCCCAGCCUGUCCAGGCCUGACGCUGCCUCAGAGCCUCCUCCUAGAGCCCUCUCUUUUUGCACCCCUCAAGCAAGUGAACUCCUCUCUGUCCCUAAGUGCCGCUUCCUCCCGAUCACCGAAGCCCCCUCUGAGGUUCUUGCAACUCCCGUUCCCCCUUCCAGCAGUCUGUCUGCUCUGAGACAUUAGCAAUUAAUUUCUUAUUCUUCAUUGCUGGCUAGAGUCUGGAAGCCAGGAGGGUGGGGCUUGCACCUCUUGGGAUCACCUCUCUGUCCCCCGAGGAUCUGGCACACAGUAGGUGCUCAAUAAAGGCUGGUCACGGUCUUCACAGAGCAGGGACCUCCCUCCACCUGCAGCUCAGCAGUUCUGUGGACUGCGGACAGCACUUGCGACCAGGUUUGUCCUGGUCCCGCCCCUGGGGCUCACCUGCUUAAGGAAACAGGAACAGCCUGGGGGCAGCAGCCCCACCCCCGCUGACGUGCAGACCCUGAACCGAAACCCGAGGUUCCUGCAGGCUCCCUGCACAGCGAGAGUGAGAGCCUCGGCUGCCCAGGGGUCUCCCAGCUGGAUGGACCCCUGUGGUCAUGACCACAAGCUGCACAUCAGCAAGAACCCUCUGGAAACUCUGAAGAAAGAAAAUCUAUUGCUUGCCAGCCCCGGAGCGUACAAGAUAAGCAGGUAACUGCUCCCCAGGAAGCCAUGAACGAAGCCGGAAAGCUGCCCCCGCCAUUGCCCCCACGACUGGACUGGUUCGUGCAGACGCAGGUGGGCCAGCUGGCCCAAGGAGGGGUCCCUGCAUGGUUCCAUGGUGCCAUCUCGAGAGAGGAUGCCGAGAGUUUGCUGGAGUCACAGCCGCUGGGAUCUUUUCUCAUCAGGGUCAGUCACAGCCACGUGGGCUACACGCUGUCCUACAAAGCCCAAAGCUGCUGCCGCCACUUCAUGGUGAAGCUGUUGGACGAUGGGAGCUUCAUGAUCCCUGGGGAGGAGAGGGUCCAUGCCUCACUGCACGCCCUGGUCACCUUCCACCAGCAGCGGCCUAUGCGGCCACACGGGGACCUGCUGACACAGCCCUGUGGGCAGAAGGAUCCAGAGAACGUGGAUUAUGAGGAUCUCUUCCUUUACUCCUAUGCAUUGACUGAGGAAGUCACCAGCCCCACCCAUGGCCCCAGCAAACAUCAGAACCCUUCCUCCUGUUCCACGGUUGCACCUGAGGAGGGCAGAUUCAGAGGUUUGGCGGGCAGGAUGGCCCCAGGUCUCACCUGCGCUUGGUUUCAGACCUCAGGAAGGCCCAUCCUGCUCCAUCGGCCAAAGGGAAGGAGGCCAUCGGCAAAGACAAGCAGAGACCCCAAGGAGGAGGCCACUUCCUCCUGCCCCCCGAAAGCCCCCCUUGAGGAGGCCUGCCAGAAACUCUGGAGAAACUUCAGGAUGCUCCCCGAGACGGGCAAGAGGUUCCAGCAGCAGCUGAAAUCCCACUCGGCACCUGUGAACUUGUCGUCGCUCCGGAAUGCUGGGCCACCGGCACUGGCACACAGCUCAGGGGCCAGGCCAGGUGACACACACUGGGAAGACGACGUCUCCACAGCCCGCUUUGCGGCCACGUCCCUCACAAGUCCCGCACAGUCCCAGGAUCUGAGAGAUGGAGGUGACCCCUCCGGGAAGGCCUCAAGAUUGGCCAGCGGGAGCAAGGUGACCCCGAGGGUCAGGAGUUGGCACCGAGUGGUAAUGAGGGCCCUGUCCUCAAAAGCAUCCAAACCGGAGACAGAAGGGUUGGCAGAAGCCCAGAGGGACUGGCUCCCUGAAGAGUACCUCACGCCGCCACCCUUUGCCCCUGGGUACUGUUAGAGCUUUGCCCUGGCUCUGGGACCCUUGCUGCCAGGGGCUGCUCACACCGGACCCCUGGUUGUCUGCCCACCAGCCCGCAGGAACCUGAAAAAUGUAAUAAAGACAUUGCUUGGGUCCGGCCCUGCCGUUGCCA